UGCAUUGCCUUGUGCUUUCUUAAACACCAAAAUAAUAAUAUUUUACAGACGAGGUGGUGGGAUCUUUCCAGGUGUUUGGCUAACACGACGCGCUAACUUUACUGGUUCAAUCCCAAUUGGCUCACUCUUCGAGUCUAGUGCACUACAUAGGGUGCAGACGCUACUUAUUUAUAUUGAGUAUAGUGUGCUUAUAUAGGUAAUAUAGGGGCGUUUGGGACACGGCCGGGGAGGGAUUUGUUGUGCUUUGUGUUGUAAGGUUAACGUCAAUGUUGUGUCCUGGAGCUCUAAACUGUAAACGAUUACAGCGUUGAAAGACGCAUUUCACCGUGUACACUUGUUUGCUCAACCCUUGAAGAGGUCAGAGGUCAUGGAAGAGCAGAGUGCUUCACCUGGGGCGAACACUGAUAACGGCAGCCAAAGGAAUGGAGAGGAGAAGCCACGCAGGACCAGCUGGACUAAAGGGAGGAAGAGGAAGAAACCAAUGAAGGAUAGUAACGCGCCCAAAGCCCCGUUAACAGGAUACGUGCGGUUUAUGAACGAUCGGCGGGAGCAGCUGAGGGCCGAGAGACCGGACGUACCCUUCCCAGAGAUCACCAGGAUGCUCGGCAACGAGUGGAGCAAGCUGCCUCCUGAGGAGAAACAGCGCUAUUUGGAUGAGGCAGAGAAAGAUAAGGAGCGUUACAUGAGGGAACUGGAGAAAUAUCAGCAGACAGAAGCCUAUAAGCAUUUCAAAAGGAAGGUGCAGGAGAAGCAGAAGGGGAAGCGACUGCGAGGAGAUGUGGGCCGGCAGGCUGCCAGGGAAGCUCUUCAUGAGAAUGACGGCGGUCUGAAGGAUCGCUCGGUGUUUGAUAUUCCCAUCUUCACUGAGGAGUUUCUCAACCACAGUAAAGCACGGGAGGCAGAGCUGCGUCAGUUACGUAAGACCAACAUGGAGUAUGAGGAGCGCAACGCAGCACUGCAGAAACAUGUGGAGAGUAUGCGUAGCGCUGUGGAGCGCCUGGAGGGAGAUGUGCUGCAGGAGCGCACACGCAAUGGCCUGCUGCAACAGCACCUCGACCAACUGCGAUCGGCGCUCACACACAGCUUCUCCAGUGUGCCACUGCCUGGCAGUGGAGAGACCGCCAGUCUGGACUCCAUCGACUCCUACAUGAAGAAGCUCCACAGUAUUGUGAUGUCCAACCCUCAGGAGCACGAGCAGCUCAUUAGCUUGGUGCGGGAUGUGGUUACCUGCCUCGAUAGGUAAUUGAGGAGUCCUGAUAGCUGUGCUGCCAAAUCCCUGAACUCCAUUCUGUUCACGACACCCAUCCCAAUCCAUUUUAUAAGACUUCCUUCACUACACACAAUUAUUCAAACGAUGAUGAUUAUUUAUUUUAUAGUGCCACUUUUAUCAGUUGUUUUUUUUACUUAAUAUGGUCAGCAAUUGGUAUUUAUUAACACCAGCUCUUUUUUUAUUGGGAAGAAAGUAUGUGGAAAAACAUGUGCUUCGAUGAUCUAUAACCCAUGUCACCAUGUUUUUGUUUGUUUGUUUUUGUUUUUUUUAUUUGAAAGAAAUGUUUUGACUUUAGAUCUUAUUUCUUUGCAUUAAAAAAAAAAAAUUAAUGACAUUUUGUAUUUCAUUUAAUCUGGUUUAACUGUAGUUAGUAUAUUUGUGGUUUGCCUCUCGUCUCUGUGCCAGCAUUACGUAAGUGUAUAAAAGCUUAAAUGCUCCAUUGACCAAUAAAUUGCAUUUGCAAUAAGAAUAUGUCUGUUAUGUAUCUGAGACUUUCAUAAAGAUGGGCGCCCGUGGACGCUGUGACCUUAUGCUCCGCCUCCUCCUCCUCUGCGGCGCUCUGCUUUUGUAUUUUGUGUUUGAUAUGCAGCACACACUGCAUGGAGCCUGGAAACGUCUCUCGGCUCUCUGACCCAGGCUUCUCGAACAGUUGAUUUGCAGAUUUUGCUGUAUUUCAAAUGUUACGUUUUAGCUGAGUUGAAAAUCUGCUUUGACGGUUUCACCCUUUUCACAUAUUUUCAAAAGAAAUGAAAUAGUGCCGAGUUGGACAGAGGGGUGUAUCAGGUGUAUGGGAUCCUACAAGACCCAUUGUAUGAUGCACUUACCAUGAUCGUUCAUUCAUCUCCAGUAACUGCUUUAUCAUUGUCUCUGUGCUUUAAAAUACAUAUAUGGUUA